AUUUGUUUCCGGGAUGGCAGCAGCUGGUGUCUGCUGGUCCAAGCAACCACUCUUUCCUGUGGAUUCAGAGCCCCAGGCCUGACCACAGUUGCCAGAAUCUACCACCCCCUGCCCCAAAGGCGCCCCCAGGCUGCUGUGAGCAUGGCAGAAGAUCCUGUUGACUCGAGCACAGGAGACAAUCUGGAGCAACAGAUCCUGCAGGUGUUGAGCGAUGACGGUGGCCCUAUGAAGACAGGCCAGCUGGUGAAGAAAUGCCAAGUGCCCAAGAAAACCCUCAAUCAAGUCCUUUACCGCCUGAAGAAGGAGGGCAGAGUGUCAUCUCCAGGCCCUGCAACAUGGCAGAUAGGCGGGGCUGCUUCCAGAGAUGGGGCUCCUGCAAUCCCCGAGGACUCCAGUGCCCAACCUAGCCUUGAGGAAAGAAUAAUAAGAUUCCUGGAAGCCAAUGGGCCUCACAGGGCGCUGCCUAUUGCCAAGGCUCUGGGAAUGACGACAGCCAAAGAAGUGAACCCAGUCCUGUAUUCCAUGAGGAAUAAGCACCUUCUGACCUAUGACAAACAGAUGUGGAAGAUCUACCACUCAAGUCAGGAAGGCCAAGAGACAGUCUUACCGUGUAGCCCUGGCUGUCCUAGAACUCACCAUGUAGACCAAGCUGGCCUUGAACCCACAGAGAUCUGCUUGCUUCUGCCUAUUAAAUUCUGGGAUUAAAGCACCACUACACCUGGAAAAAAUAUCUUUUAAAGCCAGAAAAAUAAAUGAACAUUUAAAGAACGCAUAUC